GAUCACAGGGUGAGUGAAUGGGAUCUGAUCCGUACGGCGCGCAGCUCUGCUGCUCCAGAGGAGAGAGCCCUCCCCCGUACACACCCACUCAGCCUCCCUGCUCCUCUCCUCUCUUCUAAAACUCUUUUCCCAGGCAUAACCGAGGCUGCUCCCGCUGAUCAGAAGCCAAACGUCCCGGCAGCACAGCUCCAGGCAUCGGUUCCCAGUGGAGCAGCAGAACCUCGGGCAGGGCUCUGUUGUUUGACUCUCCAAGCAGGGGAGGAGAUAGUGACAAUUUUUAUUUAGGCUGAACACGAGGCAUAUUUAACUAGUUAUGUAACAGUGACCCUGGUCCGUCUCAGCUGGGUGCAGGGAGGAUAUAUAUGUACUGCUUCUCGUCACACCAGCUGGGUGAAUUCAAGCACUAGGAGCUAUUUACCAAAGUUAUUUUCAGAAACUUUAAGUGCAGGUUUCCUUGCCUGUACCCUGGACUGUUUUAUCAGGAGUCUCUUCCCGCCUGCAAACUGAGCAGCCAGUGAGAGUGGAUUUAGUGCUCACUGGGCUGUGGGCAGAGAUAAGGAGUUGUCAGGAGUGACUGGAAACUUUUGUCCUGAAGACCCUGAGACAGGAAUAGCAGAAGAGCUGAGCGUGUACGGCCACGGUGAACAAGUGUGCUCGUUGCACUGAGCAGCAUGCUACUCUUGGAUGAGGCUCAGCAGUUUCCAGACCAACCCCAGGACGCCGUGUUCAGUGGUGACCAUGCAGAGCACGCCGAGGAUGGAGAGUGGCAGCGCUCGACUUCAACUACCUCAUCUCAGAGCGAGCGGGCAGAGCAACUCUUGCAGAACCAGCACAAGAGCCUGGCCUCUGAGGACACCAAAAAGAAGAGGGCUCAGAAACCGUCUCACAUGCGGAGGAACAUAAGAAAGCUGUUGAGGGAGGACCAACUGGAAGCUGUGACAAAGGCAGCCCAGCAGGAAGAGCUGGAGAGAAGGAAACGGCUUGAGCAGCAGCGGAAGGAUUAUCCAGCCUCUAUACCAACUGUACCCCUGGAGUUUCUUCCUGAGGACAUCGUUUUCAGGACAGCAGAGGCAACCCAGCUCCCCCCUCAGGUGCUGGCUGAGGAAGUGAUCUGCCUCGACAGUACUAGCAGUGGCAGUGAAGAUGAUACUAAAGGAAAAAACAGCAUUAAAGAUGAAGUGAUUGAGCUGAGCUCAGGAGAGGAUGAUACUCUCCAAAUUGUGGACAGCAGUGACUCUGGCAAUGAGGAGGAGGAGGAUGGCAGUGAAGGGAGCAGUGGCUCUCAUGUGAAUGAUGCCUUAAAUCAGUCAGAUGCUCUGGGGCAAGUCAUCGUCAACAUCAAUCAUCCACCAAAUGAGGAGGACAUUUUCCUGGCUCCCCAGCUUGCACAUGCAGUAAAACCUCAUCAGAUUGGUGGGAUCCGAUUCCUUUACGACAACUUGGUGGAGUCCUUGGAGAGAUUUAAAACCAGCAGUGGAUUUGGGUGUAUUUUGGCACACAGCAUGGGCCUGGGCAAGACCAUACAGGUCAUCUCCUUCUUGGACGUCCUUUUUCGGCACACGGAGGCAAAGACUGUUCUUGCCAUCGUACCUGUGAAUACGCUCCAGAACUGGCUAGCAGAGUUCAACAUGUGGCUCCCAGCACCUGAAAACCUUCCUGCUGAUUAUAACUCCAAAGAGGUCCAGCCCCGCACCUUCAAAGUCCACAUCCUGAAUGAUGAACACAAGACAACAGCUGCACGUGCAAAGGUAGUGAAUGACUGGGUGACAGAAGGUGGUGUGCUGCUGAUGGGAUACGAGAUGUACCGUCUGCUCUCACUGAAGAAGUCCUUUGCCACUGGCAGGAAGAAGAGAACAAAGAAACAAACUGGCCCUGUCAUUAUUGACUUGGAUGAGGAGGACAGGCAGCAGGAGCUUCUGAAAGGGAUCGAGAAGGCUUUGUCCCGCCCCGGCCCAGACGUGGUCAUUUGUGACGAGGGACACCGGAUCAAGAACUGCCAUGCCAGCACCUCCCAGGCGCUGAAGAACAUCCGCUCGCGCCGGCGCGUGGUGCUGACGGGCUACCCCCUCCAGAACAACCUCAUCGAGUACUGGUGCAUGGUGGACUUUGUCCGGCCCGACUUCCUGGGCUCGCGGCAGGAGUUCAGCAACAUGUUCGAGCGGCCCAUCCUGAACGGGCAGUGCAUCGACAGCACCCCGCAGGACGUGCGGCUGAUGCGCUACCGCAGCCACGUCCUGCACAGCCUGCUCGAGGGCUUCGUGCAGCGGCGAGGCCACAACGUGCUGAAGGUUCAGCUGCCACCCAAGGAGGAACACGUGAUUCUGGUGCGUCUGUCCAAGAUCCAGCGGGCGCUGUACACGGAGUUCAUGAACCGCUUCCGAGACGCCGGCAACAGCGGCUGGCUGGGGCUGAACCCACUCAAAGCUUUCUGCGUCUGCUGCAAGAUCUGGAACCAUCCAGAUGUGUUGUAUGAAGCUCUGCAAAAGGAGAAUCUGGCAAAUGAGCAGGAUUUGGAUGUGGAUGACCUUGGCACAGCAAACAGUAAUUCCCGCUGCCAGCCUCAGGGAGUUAAAGUCAAAACAGAGAGUAAUGCUUUGGCAUCACCAGUUGGAGAAGCCACUAAUAGCAAGUUCCUCCAGAGUGUUGGCUUCAACCCUUUUCAGGAGAGAGCAAAUCAGGUUGUAACUUAUGAGUGGGCCAAAGACAUCUUGUGUGAUUACCAGACGGGAGUCCUGGAGAACUCACCCAAGAUGGUGUUACUUUUCCACCUAAUAGAGGAAAGUGUGAAGCUUGGAGACAAGAUCUUGGUCUUCAGCCAGAGCUUGUCCACCUUAUCUGUCAUUGAAGAGUUUUUGGCAAAGAGACCGAUGCCGAGUCCUCCAGGCUCAGAUGGAGGAGUUCAUAACUGGGUCCGGAACAUCAACUACUACAGACUGGAUGGCAGCACCUCUGCCUCGGAAAGGGAACGGCUGAUUAACCAGUUCAAUGAUCCCAGCAAUGCCUCUGUUUGGCUCUUCCUUUUGUCCACACGUGCUGGGUGUCUGGGUGUCAACCUGAUUGGAGCAAACAGAGUGGUGGUGUUUGAUGCCUCCUGGAACCCGUGCCACGACGCGCAGGCCGUGUGCCGCGUGUACCGCUACGGGCAGAGGAAGCCGUGCCACAUCUACAGACUGGUGUCUGAUUACACCCUGGAGAAGAAGAUCUACGACCGCCAGAUCUCCAAGCAGGGCAUGUCAGAUCGGGUGGUGGAUGAUCUGAACCCAGUACUGAACUUCACUCGACGGGAGGUGGAGAACCUGCUGCAUUUUGUGGAAGAAGAAUCUGACCCUGCUCAGCUCUCCCUCAAUCCAAGCAAGAUGAAGGAGUCUGUUCUACAAUUAGCCUGUCUCAAGUAUCCUCACCUCAUCACCAAGGAGCCUUUUCAGCAUGAGUCACUGCUGAUCGACCGGAAGGAGCACAAGCUGACCAAGGCAGAGAAGAAAGCAGCCAAGAAGAGCUAUGAGGAGGAAAAGCGAGCAUCCGUCCCCUACACCCGGCCGUCCUACGCACAGUAUUACCCAGCCAGUGACCAGAGCCUGACGAGCAUCCCUGCCUUUAGCCAGAGGAACUGGCGACCAGCCCUCAAGGGUGAGGACAAACCAGUGGCAAGUGUCCGCCCAGUUCAGUCCACCCCCAUUCCAAUGAUGCCCCGGCAUGUCCCCAUGGGCGGUGCAGGAUCAACCUCAACUUCCAACCCUGCUGUCAACUUUCCCAUCAACUAUCUACAGCGAGCUGGUGUCUUUGUGCAGAAGAUUGUUACCACCACGGAUAUUGUGAUUCCGGGUACAAACACAUCCACUGAUGUACAAGCAAGAAUCAGUGCUGGCGAGAGCAUCCACAUCAUCCGAGGGACAAAAGGGACGUAUAUCCGGACCAGCGACGGUCGGAUUUUUGCCAUCCGGACCACUGGGAAGCCGAAGGGCAAUGAAGACCGUCGGACAGCUGCCUCAGGCUCCCAGAGCUCUUCCCUGGAGUCCACAAGCAACGGCAGACACAGUGCCUCAUCCCCGCAGCUCCCCAGCGCCGAGGAGCUCACUCGGCCCAUCUCCCCCGACAGCCCUGAGAUCAUCAGCGAGCUGCAGCAGUACGCGGAGGCGGCGGCCGCACGCGAGUCCCGCCACGGCUCCCCCAGUGCCGCCGCGGCGCAGGGCCACGCCGCCCGCGCCGACGGCACGCCCGGCGCCGCCCGAGGAGCCGAGCAGCACGCGGGCGUUCACUGCGGGGCUCCCUCCGUGUCCUCGGCCCUGCCGGCCACCAGCCAGCACAGCAACGCCCACCCGGUGUUGGACUUACGGGGCAACAAGCGCAAGUCGACGUCGCCGUCGGCCGCGGAGGAGCAGUCCCGGAGGCAGCAGAAGAAGCGCCAGUUGCCGUCGUCCGCGCAGCCGUACGAACACGGGUACCCCGUCUCUGGUGGGUUCACCAUGCCUCCUGUCUCUUUAAACCACAACCUAACCCAUCCAUUUGCCUCCCAGCCAGGAAACUCCUUGUACAUGGGCGCUGGCUCCUCUUAUUACCAGCUGCCCAAUUUACUCUCAGACCCUCAUCUGGUGUUCCCUGUGACUACUGACCCUCUGCUGACAGCCGGCACCGCCAGCUCUUCUGCUGCUACCUCAGCCACCGCCAGCGUCCCCUCAUUCAUGCUAAACCCUUCUCUGGCAGGGGUGCUGCCCAAUUACUCGCUUCCCUUCACGCAGUCACUCCUGCCCGAGCCCAGGAUGUUUGCUCCUUUCCCAGCCCCCGUCUUGCCUAGCAGCCUUCCCAGGAGCAUGGCAUCUGCCUACCCUGGCUACAUGUCCCCUCACUCGGGCUACCCGACUGGGGGUCUCCUUCGGUCCCAGGUGCCUCAGUUUGAACCCCAGGAGGUCCCAGAGGUGGGAUGCAGCUCUAAUGACGAGGACAAAGACGACGAUGUCAUAGAGAUCACAGGGAAAUAAAAAGGCCCGGCUCCUGCUCGGUCUCAGCUCCGCCAGGAGGCAAAAGUUGCAGGACCUUUUUGGGAGUCAGGAUUUUCUCUCUGGGCCACGGCAGUGGGUGGAGAAGGAUGCGAAGGGUGUGGCGUGGGGGUGGUUUUGUUCUUUUCGUUUUGUUUUGUUGUUUUUUAGCUGUCGAGGAUAAGAAUUGUAUUAGGGGCUGGGAGAUGGGAGAGGGAUAGAGUGGACCUUUGAGAGCCAGGGGAGCAAGAGCCGGGGAGGAGGGAAGCAGCAAUGCAAACUGUAGGAGUGCCUCCCCACCACGCUCUGUCUGUCUGUCUGUCUCUGUUCUCUGUCUUGUCUGGCCAUGGAGCCUUGGUGUUGUGAGUCACUGCCCUUCUCAGGCCUGGAGGCACGGGCUUGACUGCUGGCAGGGCCGAGCUCCCUCUCACACGAACUGCCUUAUCUGUGAACUUCUCUCACUGCGAGAGGGGUGGGCCGGGGGUGACUCCACCAGAGGUUGGGGACAAAGUGUUUUUAAUGGGGAGGGAGUGGGGAGGCAUCUACAUUGUGUAUGUUGGGGCAGGGAGGGAGGGGAUUGAUGUCAAAUAAAAGAGGAAAGAAAAGAAAAAAAAAAGAUUAAAAAAAAAAAAAGAAAAUACCCCACAAUUUGUCACCCUCUUCAAAUUCACGUGAGACUAGUGUGAGGGCUCCAGGCAGGUUCCUGUGCCAGGGCUCUGAUGGGGGGUUCCCCCAGGCCCUUCUGGAGGGUCCCGUCCAAGGUAGGUUGGCCCUGUGUGUCUGAUGCCACCUCUGUGUGCCAGGCCAGAUGGGUGGAGAAAUCCCACAUGUCUUGGUGGCCAUCAGAGGGGAAUCCUGCUGACUUCCCCAUAUCCUGCCAGGCUGUGUGAAGGCCACGUCUCACCCUGCUGUGGCCCACCAGAUCCAGGGGUGGGUGGGCUCGCUGCUGCUUCUGAACAGCACCAGGCAGUGGAGAAGGUUGGAGGGGACAUUGGACCAGUGCCAGUUGCUGUUGAAUCUGUGACUGGAGAGACUUUCCCCUGCACAGAAUCUCUACAUUAAUUUAUUUCAUGAAGGCUUAAUAUUUAUUGUCUGGGAGAGUCUUUCUUUCUACUUUUAAGUUAAUUUCCAUAUUAAAAAAAUAAAAAGCUGGCCUUCGUCAUGCAGUGGUCGCUUGUUGGGUUGUCUGUGUGGGGAGAAGCAGCUGGUUGACCAAAGCCUAGCCUAGGAGCAGGGCCUACUGUGGAGGUGGCCUGUGGCUGGCCCAGGUGGCACCAGUUGGAUGUGUCCCAUCAGGGCAUUCUGCCAGAGCAGGAGCUGCUCUGGGUGCUGAGCAGCUGGAGGGAGGAUGGAAUCCUCCUGUCAUGGGGCAGGUGGAGGAGCACAUGUGGGAGCCUGCUGUGCUCAAUCCUAGUGAGAAGGAGGAGAGCUGUGAGGUGUGUGGAGCUGGGAAAACUGAGCUCUUGCUGGGGAAGUGCCUUUCCCCACGCAGGAUUGGCCCUCCUGCUCAGUCCCAGGAGUGCAGGGCCUGGUCCUGGCCCUGCCAGCGAGCACCCCGGCUGCUCCUCAGCUCCAGGGCUCCUAGGGAGAGGCUGGGACACCCAGGUGCAGCUGGGCUUGGAGCAGAUGACAGUGUGUGAGAACGCACUAGGGUGGACACUUGAAAUCCAGGAACCUCCAUGUCACAUCUGGGUCACCAUGCAGGAGCUGUGCUUGCCUGUGUUGGAUGUCCCUGGAGCUGGUGGCAGGCUGUAGGGGCCCCCUAGGCCAUGGAAGCUGCAGUCACUGGUGUUUGCUGGGACCAACUAGGUGUAGGAAAGGGCAGGAUGUCCUGACAUGCUCCACCAAAGGGGUGCUGGAAUAUGGGGACCUCCCUUCCUGAGAGAGAGGGUUGUGUGUGCACGCGUGUGUUACGGAAACACAAUAAAAAUUGUUAUGGGGC